AGAACACACUUGAAGGAUAAAUCUUACAUAUACACGCCAUUAUAUGUAAUUCCUUCAACUUUCAGUUGUUGUUUGAAGUCGAACAGGGUAUAGAAAAUCUGUUUAUCGCUGUAUAAUGUUAUCAUCCUCCUGUGGAUGAUAAUCUAUCUGAAUGAAGUAAAAUACAAGAAGUAAACGUCAGCAUUGUAAUCCAACCACUGUUGUAUUUAUCACUUGAAUGUGGUUAGUGCAUUAUUUUAUAAAUAUUUACUUUUAAGAAGGAUUGCUUUUCAAAAGCAAAUCACUGGAAAAUGAGUGUAAGACUUUUGAAAGACCCUGCUACUGUAAGUAGCCGUAUAUUUGUGGGUCAUUUACAAACAGAUGAUAUGACCAAACAUGAAUUGGAAGAACACUUUUCAAAAUAUGGAACUGUCGUUGGUUCAUUGAUAAAUAGAGGUUUUGGCUUUGUUCAGUUUGAAGAAGAACAGUCUGCUCAAAAAGCUAUUCAAAAUGAGGAUGGUGCUAUGUUCAAAGGCAGAAGAAUAGAUGUUAGACCUGCAAAGAAAGACAAUCAAUCCAGUGGAGGAGGUGGGGGUGCAGGAAAAUUAGGAGGACCUAACAAUCAGUUCAAUUCUAAUAACAAUCAUUUUAAUCCUGGCAAUGAUUCUUUUAAUAGUGGAAAUCAAAGCUAUGGUGGAAAUUCAAAUUUUAAUCCGAAUCAAAGUUUCAGCUGUGAUCCACAGUUAAAUGAUAGUCAAAAAGGGAAUGCAAUACAAAAUCGAAGCGGUGGAAAUGAUCAGUUUAAUGAUAGUAAUCAGAAUAGGGACAAUGCAAAUGAUCAGUUUGCAAAUCAAAAUCGAAACAGUGGGAAUGAUCAGUUUAAUAUGAUGCAAAAUAAAGGGAAUAAUCAGUUUAAUCCAAAUAAUCAGAACAGGAGUGGCACUGAUCAGUUUCCUCAAAACAGAGGUGGCAAUCAAUUUGGACCAGGUGGAAAUCAGAAUAGACCUGGAGGAAAUCAAAAUCGUAAUGCAAAUAAUCAGAAUAAUCACAGUCAAAGUGGUGGUGGCGGAGGUGGUGGUGGAGGCGGAAGCGGCGGUGGUAGAGCAAAAGGCAGGGGUGCGAAAAAUCGCAAUAAAAAUCGGGACAAUUCAGUUGGAAAUAAUUUUAGAGACCGUAGUCCUAUUAAUAGAGGCGGUCGUUUAGAUGAUAAAGGCGGUCGGGAUUGGGAUCACAAACAGGGUGAUAGAUUGAGAGGGAGUAAUUUUGGUAGAGAUUCGUUUAAUGACACUAAUAAUCGUUAUGAAGAUUUCAAGAAUUCUGGUCCUAGGGAUAUGAGUAUGAGUUUUAACAACACAAACGCAUCAAAUGUGGUGACUGAAAAAAAUGAUUGUGAAAUUAUUGUUGUCAACAAAGCACUGACGGAGUAUGCUGAAAGUAUUGAAAUGAGGUUAAAGAAAAUCGGAUUAACGGUCGAUUUAUUAUUCCCAAAUGAAGAUGUUCUUUUAAGUAGAGUUCUAGGAAACAUAGCGAGUCGUGGAUGUUUAUAUGCAGUUGUUGUUACACCUAUCAAUCAAGAACAUCAUUCCUUAACUUUAAAUAUUCUUCAUGGUUUACCCCAAGAACAUAGAAAUAUGCUCGUCGAUGAUGCUAUUAAUUUAAUAUCACGUGAUUUUGCUAAUUACAAAGCUGGCGGACGAUCAGUUCCAUUGAACACACCGUUCGCAAAUGAGCGACAUCCUGAUGCUAUUCAAGUUCUCUUAAAUAUGUUAGCUGAUAAUCAUCAACUAACAGUAUUACAAUACGAUCGUGUUAUAAAAUAUCUUGAAAUCAAACGGGAAGAACAAGUGCAGGUUGAAUUAGGAGAUGUAAAAGAUUUACCUACAGCGACAACUACAAUAACAGUUAGCGACCCGAAACAAGCUGAAUUGCAGUCUAGAAUACUUAACAUUCUAAAUAGUAAUAAGACAAGUUCAUCUGCACCGACACCUAGUCCGGUACCAGCUCCGACAUCGACACCGGCACCUGUUCCACCAGCUACUUGGGGAGCAGCAUCAACUGCCACAACAGCAUCCACAACUACUUCUACUACUACGGGAGUUUCACCGUCACCUCUGCUAAACGAUCCGACAGUUCAAAAGGCACUUGACAGUCUGUUGCAAGGCAAUUUGCUGAAAAGCAUCGGCGAUCAGCAACCGGCUACAACCACGACACCUCUGUUUGCUGCUUUUUCAAAUAUCGGGCGAUUUUAAUUCGUUUGUCAUUAUUUAUUAUAUAAUGAAAAUCGGAGAUGCAUGAUUCUCCUUUAUUUUUCUCGCAUUCGUACUCGUCUAAUAAAGAAUGAGAUGAAUAUUUUGCAAGGAUAUUCAGUAAAAACGGAUAUUGCUAACAGAAUUGAACAAUACAUGAUUCCGAUAUUUCUGACUAAUAAAGUGUUAGCAUGUUUUUUCUAUGUAUUAAAAAUAUUCACUUUUAAACAUGGAAUUCAUCAAGAUUUAUAAGUUCUAUAGAUUUUGUUUGUAUGAUUUAGCAAGGAUAUGUAUAAUGAUAUAUCUGUUUAUAUAUAUACAUAUUUCUUUAUCAUUUCGUUCGUUGGAUAAAAAUAUUUUAGCUUAGUAUACUUAAUGUAGCAUUAUAAAUGGAGGAGAUUUAGAAGAUCGGUAAUGUCUAAUCAAUUUCGAGUGUGUUUUCUAUAUUUCUUUUAUUUUUCUUUGCUUUUAUUGCUAUAGAAUUAAAAGAGAUUUUAAAGUAUAUUAUUACUUUAUCGAGAUCUAUCUAGUUUAUUGUGAUAAAUAUUUCAAUACGUAACAUAUUGACUUAGAGAUCAGUAAUUUAAUUAUAUAAUUCCAUUGUUUAUUGCAAUCGUAUACGAAUCUUUGAUUAAUUUGUAGAAUUUAUUAAAUUGUGAUUUCAAUAAAUUGCUACGAUUGCUUUGAUCGCUUUUACAGUUUUUAUUAGUCUCAUCAAAUGAUCAUAUUGUGACAUAUGCUUCUAUCUUUAAUUUAGAUUAGUAAAAAUGAUUUGGUCGAACUUAUAAGUCUUAUAUACUUUGUCUAAUAUAAAAAUAUACUAUGGAUAUGGAUAUAAAGCAUUUCAUUUUUACAACACAUUAUAUAAGGUAUAUAAAAUAUUCGUUUCCUUAUUGCAUUAUUGAGGUUGCACUUAUUAAGUUGAAAAGUUUUCUUUUCUAAGUAAAGUAGGCAUUAAAAAGUUUAUUUUCUAUGUUACAUGUUUUUUAAAUUUACAUUAUUACAUGAAUUUCAAUUUGUUUGAACAAUUAUAUAAGUAUAACCCAUGGAAAAAGCUAUACACACGUUUUUAGGAAUUAGCUAAAUAUCAUGUAUAACUUAAAUAAAAUGUUUUUAGGAAUACUCCAUGUCUUUCAUUAAUAACGUAGUACAAUAUUGAUGCCUCUUUUAUGGAUCUAAAAACAAAAGAAUUCAUCUAUAGUAUUGAAGUUGAAAUUGGAAUAUCUAAUGCACACACUUUUCACAUACCAUUGCAGCAGAAGAAUUAAACAUAUUAUUUUCAUAGAAUAAUAUAAGCUAAAGACUAAUAGAAGCAGCUAUAAAGCAUUAAUAAGCAGCAAGUAAAUCAGUGUACAAAGUGAAAUAUUUAGGUGAAAGUGGUUUGUAGGGUGUAAGUAUACUAUUUAGUAUUUGCAAGUAAGUGAAGCAUAUAAAUAAAGCAUACAAACAUAUAAAUAAAUGUAAGUAACUUCACUUCAAGUUUACUUAAAUUUACCUAAAUAAUAACUCUUCAGGUAUUGUUCCGCAUGUACGACUUCUUCGCAUGGCUGGGUCACUACUUUGAACAAUAUAAGGAGGACCGAUUUCACAGCUUCAAUGUCAUACAUAUUUUUCGUUAAUCGUUGCUUAUAAGGCUUCAAUUUCUCCACGAGUUCCUUAUUCUUACUGAUAGAACCAAUAUGAUUGCGAAGAAUUGUAUUGUACGUUGGCCAGUCAAAUGUACACGCGGUACAAUCACAUUCAAAGAAGUAAUCUUGCAUUAUUUUUUCUCUUCUUGCAGAUCUUGUCAUGUACGCAUACGAAGCACCAUAAUUUGUGAAUAUUUGAUCUCCAGGAGAUAUUGGCUGUAACGCGCGAGUAAUCAUUGUCAACCCUUCAAAAUGCCGAAAUGUAUUCGGAGCACAAGAAUGAUUGUACAAGCUAUGCGUUACGUAUAAUCCUGAACCUGUUUUAAUUCCUGGGUCUUGUUGUACCUAGAAAAUAAAUGUCACGCAAUGUAACAUUGUUCUAUAUGGAUCUCUAUUGAUUAUCGAAUUUUCUAUAACGUCCUAUGUAUUAUCUAUUAAAUAAAUUACUGAGAAACAAUUGGAAGACAUUAUAACACAGGCACGGAACAUAAGGCUGCCACAGAAUCUGAUCUUAGGAAACUUGUCAAUAUUUUUUAAUUGGUUCACUUCGUAUUUCUUGCAGAAGAAAUUAGUCUGUGUGGCUAGGAGCAUAAUUGCAAGAGACGAGAUACAUGCAAAAGCACUGAUUCCAAUGAGUGGUCUUGUUGUCAUAUUAGUAGCAAGACUCAGAGCUGAUCGUGCACUGGCACUAUCCAGUAUGCCUUCAUCUGUAAAUCCUGCAGUUCUAUUAUCUGCAAAAAGCAUGUUUUAGAAAAUGAACACCAUAAGAUAUGAAAUCUAUUCUUUACCUGGAUUAGAUUCAGCUAUUUUCAUGUCUUCGAGCAGUUCUUCAAUUUUUUCACCCUUUGCUGUUACUACAAUCAGAAACCUGAUGAUUUUGAGAAAGCAAUGCUAACACCAUCGCUAGCAGCUGGAGCCUCUUUACCCGGACCAUAAGCUAACUUUAAUGGACCUUCAUCUGCUAAGUAUCUUGGUUCUUUUUCUUCAUUAACUGAAUCGUGUUUAUUUUCGUCAGCGUUAACAUUUUUAUUUAUCUUUUUGCCAAUUUCCUCCUUUCCAUUUCGAUAUUUUACAACGUUAGGACUGUCGCUUAUCUUUUCUGAUAAACAUGCGUUCAUCAAUUUUUCUGUAUCAAUAUGAUCAUCCUUUUUAAUCAGUAAUUUUUUUUUUAUUUCUUCCACAGCUUUGGUUCCUCUCUCUUUUAACUUUUCCCUUUUUUCUUCUGGAUAGCCAAGAUUCAAUGCAGCAUCAAUGUCUAUUAUACAUUCUUUGUACAUUUGUUUUCUGUAUAAAGCAGCCGAUCGAUUGGCAUGAGCAUACGACAUAAGUUCUUUAUUAUUUGCAUAUGCUAAACUCAUUGUGUAACAUUUUAUAGCUUCAAUAUCAUCACCCAUUACAAAAUGUUGAUUUCCUAUUAUCAUAUAAAUUUAAUGCUGGAUAUAAAUACGUGCUGGAAUA